AUGAGACUUCUAGCCCUUUCCAGUCUGCUCUGCGUGCUGCUCCUCUGCUUCUCCAUUCUCUCCUCAGAAGGGAAAAGGCAUCCUGCCAAGAUCACAAAACUCAGGUUUUGCUGUAACCUGGUUCCUAGAUCCAGACUGACAACCCAGAAAGGAAACUACACGAGGCACUGCAGACCAUGCGGAAGCAAGCCACCAUCCAAGUCAUGGGUGGUGCCCGGUGCUCUCCCACAGGUAUAGAGCUCCUGAAGCCUGGCUCCACCCAGAUGAGACCCUCAUGCCCAGCUGUGGAGGCACCAGAAGCUUUGACUUGCCCCCUGCCAACUUUCAUCGUGGCAGUGAGCUGUGAUACUGGGAGGCUUCACUUCAGACAUCCAGGAACAUUCCAGAAUUCCUAGACCUGGUUCCAACGGUGCCUCCAACCUUUAGAGUCACUAUGAAGCCCACGUCUUCAUGGCUCCUCAAGAGUGGAAGUCAAAGAUUCGUCCUGUGGGAACUACAAUGCCAGAGAUCUCCAAGCUGGCCAGAGUGCAGAAUAGCAAGACCUCAGUGGAUCAGCCAGGACUACAGCACCACGGGCAGCCACAGACAGCCUCAAAUUCCUAGCAUUUAACCAAUGGUCUCUGA